UUACUCAGUAAUACAACCCUAUUUGAACAUAUAUCUGUAGAAUGGUGCAACGCUACUCCAGCUUUUUGUCUUUCUAUAGGAAUUGAGCUGUCAUUCAGAUGUUACCUAAAAAUCUAAUCGCAUGAAACUGCAGUUGUCUCUAGUCUGAGGUGUAAUUUGAAUGGAUAUGUGUCUGACCCUCUGUGUUUCAUGUCUAUGGGAAAAUCCCACUCUACAAAAUGCUGCUGACGACUCUGGAGUGAGGUUGCUAGGUAACAUGACGUCACUCUGGCACCAGUGUAUUGUUCACUGUGCUGCCUGCGUGAUCCCCAUCUACCUGUGUGUGGGUGAAUGUGUGGUGCUCGUGACAGGUGUCUCUGGUGCCCAACUACACAACGUCAUGUUCCACAAUGAGCCUGCUGUCUCUGCAACUCACAGUUGAACGAAUAGAAGGGAAACCGUUAAUAAAAUAUAUGACUCGGGUAUUCGAACCGGCGACUUUUUGGUUACUGGCCCAACACUUUAACUGCUAGGCUACCUGCCGCCCUACUCACUCCUGUACUACUGUUGUACCUCAUGUUUCAUGACCGUUCCAGAUAUACUGAGAGAAGUGCUGACCGAAGUCUACUUAAUAAUGCAGUCUCAUUCCUGCUCUGUGGAAAAGUAAUAUUGAGCUUAAAAACGAAAGGAAGACCCACAGAUACAAUAAAGAGAGCUAGUUGUCGGGAAGAAGAAGCUUACUGGCUCUCUUGUCAACCCACAGCAUGAGCUCUUCUAAUUGGCUAACCUCGAAGGUCAAAUGCUUGCACCUAGAACAAUGGUCACAGUCCAGAUACAUUGGUUCAGUAUAAAAAGUUGAAUGGGCAUAGUAACAUAUAUGAAUAGGGUUCCCUUUAAGCAGUCCUUUCAGACAGUCUAUAUUUGAAGUGAUUCAGUGAUUCAGUGGUCAUGGUACUAUUGAGGCUUCAAUGAGUCUAGUCACAAAGAAUAUCCUGCUUCCCAUUCAUAUAUGGCCUUCUGUCUCUUUUUCCUUUGCGGUGCCUGAGUUCGUUGCUUCUAAAGAUCAUAUCAAGUUCUCUUCAAGUCAACUCCCCUUACCACUGUUACGGCUGUUGGUGGAAGAAGACUUGAUAUUCCAGUGUUCAUUUGCACAAUCACCACCAGGGCAGCAGUGUCAGGUGUGCUGUUUGGAUGGUACACAGCAGUGAUGUAUAUCAGUACAUCCGAUAUCAGGUGAAGCUGAUGAAGUACAUUUGUAAGCAGCUGCAGUGUAAGCAGAAAGUGCCGGAGACAGAGAGGCCUCAGGCCUUGGACAGCUACCCACGGCUGGGGGACUGGCUGCGCACCGUCAACCUGAGACCUGAGCUCAUAGAGGCGGUGCCGGUGAAGCUGUCCUUGGAUGCCUUGCUGCAGAUGCCAGGUUCUCACGUGCGGGAGACCAUGAGGAGACUGGGCUCCAGUUUAGAGGAGUGUUCCAGGCUCAGCGCUGCCCUCUCCUGCCUGAAGAGCGCCACUGAAUCAGAUGGAGAGCUAAGAGAGGAUGGGGGGCCCUGGUUCUCUGAGCCCACCCGGCGAGAAAGUGGCUCUCUGCUGCUGCCUCCCGACCAGCUGUUGGGAGGGAUGGGGGGUCCAAUGCGCCCCCACAGCCCCUCUCCUCUAGCUCGGCCCCCCCACACCACCCCAUCCACUCCCUCCACCCCCUGCACCGCCUGUGCCCAUCCCCGGUCCUUCUCCGUGUCUACAAUGCCUGGUCCCGAGGCCCACGGGGCAUACAUUUACGCUGACACCCCCUUCACAGACCCCUUCCCCCUCUCUGCCACCCGACAGGGGCGACUCCACGGGCACACCUCCACCCCGCCCCUCACCCCGCCCUCCAAGAGACGCCACAGGCUGAAGCCCCCCUGCACCCCGCCGCCCCCCUCCCGCAAGGUGCUGCACCUUCUGCCCAACAUCACCCUGACCCGCAGCAAGAGCCACGAGUCCCAGCUGGGGAACCGCAUCGAGGAGCCGCCAACCAACAAGUGUGCAAAUAAGAAUAAGUUGUUCCUCAACGUUCAGAUCAAUGGGAAUGGCUGUGAGGACUCACCCUCCCGUUCCCCCCACCGGUCUGCCCGCACCCCUGGGGUUUCCACCCCCGCCCCUGCCCCCGCCCCCUACACCCUACCUGGUACCCCUACCCUGAUGGAGGAGCAUUCAUCCCACCUCAAGAAUAACAUGGGGUUGCACCGUGGCUCCCCACAGGCAGUGAGGAGAGACAUAGGCCUGGCCGUCACUCACAGAUUUUCCACCAAGUCGUGGCUGUCCCAGACAUGUCAGGUCUGUCAGAAGAACAUGAUGUUUGGUGUGAAGUGUAAACACUGCAGGUUAAAGUGCCAUAACAAGUGUACUAAAGAAGCUCCCUCCUGCAGAAUCUCUUUCCUGCCAAUCACCAAAAUACGGAGGACUGAGUCUGUGCCGUCUGACAUCAACAACCCUGUGGACCGGCCAUUAGAGACACCACAGUUUGGCACACUGCCAAAGGCCAUCACCAAAAAGGAUCACCCCCCUGCGCUGAACCAGUUGGACUCCAGUAGUAACCCAUCCUCCACCACCUCCUCCACACCCUCCUCCCCUGCCCCUUUCCAGAACCCUCCCAGUGCCACCCCGCCCCCCAACUCCUCGCCCAAGGUCCACCGGGACAACCGCUUCCACUUCCCAGAUGUGUCCAGUCCUUCUACGUUACACUCUGAAGCCCUCCAUGACACAGUUGAGACUGAACCAGCAGAUGACAUACACUUUGAACUGGCCGAGGAUGAGGACGGAGAGGAGGAAGAGGAGGAGGUGGUUGAACCUGAGAUCGACCCAGACCCAGUAGUGGAGGAGGAAGAUGAGGAGGAGGAAGAUGAUGAUGAGGAAGAUGAAGAUGGGGGUGGGAGUGAGAUGAAUGGGGGUUCGGAUGGUGAGUGUGAUGGUGAUGAGUUGGAUGACCUGCCCAACUCAAGGGGAGGUCGCUGGAAAGGCCCCAUCUCCCGUAAGGCCAGCCAGACCAGUGUCUACUUGCAAGAGUGGGACAUCCCCUUCGAACAGCUGGACCUGGGAGAGCUCAUUGGGAAGGGCCGUUGGGGCAAGGUGCAUAAGGGCCGUUGGCAUGGAGAGGUGGCCAUCAGGCUGCUGGAGAUAGAUGGGAACAACCAGGACCACCUGAAGCUGUUUAAGAAGGAGGUGAUGAACUACAGACAGACCCGUCAUGAGAAUGUGGUCCUCUUCAUGGGGGCCUGCAUGGCCCCGCCCCACCUCGCCAUCAUCACCAGUUUCUGUAAAGGGAGGACAUUAUACUCUGUCGUUCGAGACACCAAAAACACACUGGAUAUAAACAAGACGAGGCAAAUUGCUCAAGAAAUUGUAAAGGGAAUGGGCUAUCUGCAUGCCAAAGGCAUUGUCCACAAGGACUUGAAGUCGAAGAACGUCUUUCAUGACACCAAUAAAGUGAUUAUUACAGACUUUGGUCUGUUUGGAAUCUCUGGAGUGGUUCAGGAGGGGAGGCGAGACAACGAGCUGAAGCUUCCACAUGGCUGGAUCUGUUACCUGGCGCCAGAGAUCGUACGCAGGAUGAGCCCUGGAAACAACGAGGACCGCCUGCCCUUCUCCAACGCUGCAGACGUCUACGCCUUUGGCACCAUUUGGUACGAGCUCCAAGCCAGGGACUGGCCUAUCACCAACCAGCCUGUGGAGGCUACCAUCUGGCAGGUGGGGAGUGGUGAGGGCAUCAAGAAGGUCCUGGCAGAGAUCAGCCUGGGAAAGGAGGUCACGGAGAUCCUGUCUGCCUGCUGGGCCUACGACCUGAGGGAGCGACCCACCUUCACCCAGCUGGCUGACAUGCUGGAGAAGCUGCCCAAACUCAACCGGAGACUGUCCCACCCUGGACACUUCUGGAAGUCUGCAGAUUCACAGGUGUCAGCAUGCAAUGGGACCUUCCUCUCAUCAUCUCACUACCCACUGGAAAUGGAAUUAUGUUGGUUAUUUAUGACUGAAGGUAUGUGAUGAUGAAGUGAGUGCCCUGAUUAUUAAAAGGCAUAAGAGGGCGCCACAGAGAAGCAGGAGAGAUGCCUUCUAUCAGCCUGGGAGUGGUGUAGAGGUAGACCAUUCAAGUAGUUUAGUCGACUCAUUUACAGUGCAGAAAUAAUAGAACAAGAGCCUGGCGCAAAAGUAUCCGAUCAUUUACUCCUUAAACAUGACCUUUUGUGCGUGCUUGUGUGUAUUAUGUUUGUGAUUGCUUGCCUCAGUUGGUGUGCCUGUAUUUGUGUUUGUUUGUGAGUGUAUGUACGAGUGAGUGUAUUGUAUUGGAACAUGCAGGGUUGAUUUAAUGAAAGACUGCAGUAAAUGUUAUAUUGACGAUAUCAGUGCUAUCUAAGAUAGACAUGUAUAUACAUUAUUUAAUGUACAGCUAAUUAACACAAUUAUUGUAAUAUUUGUACAAACAUUUUAUAUGUACUAUACAUCAUUGCAUUUUUAAAUAGGUACUGCCCCCCUAUUACAGAUGUAUAUAUCUUUAUAUUUUUUCAUGUACAAAAUACUGUAAAAAUACUGUAGAUUUUUUUUGAAUGUUUUUUAUGUCAUGUAAAAAUGCAUAUUUUUGUAUUGCAUGUGGCUACCAUUCUGUAAACACAGUUCCUGUUUUCAUCCUUGAAAGAAAAUAAAAUGAAGCUUGUCAUGUGAAAAUGUAUGUUUGAGCUGAAUUUAAUAAAGUAUUUUAGUUAUGCUAUG